UUGGCUGGUUGUUUUAGACGUUCACUUCAUGAACAAAGUAUCUCAGGAUUGCUCUUCAGUUGGGACAGUCACAGAGAGAAACCAUGUCACUGCCGAGGGUCUUGAGUUUUCAUCUCAUAUUGAUGCUGUCUGCAUUCACUGGAGCAGCUGAUGGAUACUACAAUUCUGGGUGGAAAGAAUGCAUCUACAGCUCCCAUGAUCUCAGUGACAUGGUGAUGAUUGUUAACUAUAUCUUCAAUAAAGAUGUGUUCUUACAGUUCAACAGCACUGUGGGGGAGUUUGUGGGAUACACUGAACUUGGAGUAAAGAACGCACAGCGAUUGAACAGUGAUGGCACAGCGCAGCAAGAGAGAGCUGAGGUGGAGAGAUUCUGUAAACAUAAUGCUAAAAACAGACAGAGCGCUAUCGCUGAUAAAACAGUUGCACCACAGGUUAAGCUCAGUUCAGUAAAUCCGGCCGGUAGUAGACAUCCAGCUGUGUUGAUGUGCAGCGCAUACCACUUUUACCCACAACGGAUCAAAGUGACCUGGUUGAAAGACAACACACCUGUGAAGUCUGAUGUGACCUCAACUGAAGAGCUGCCUAACGGGGACUGGUACUACCAGAUCCACUCUGAGCUGGAGUACACCCCUAAAUCUGGAGAGAAGAUCUCCUGCAUGGUGGAUCACGCUGGGUUAAAAAAACCCAUCAUCGUAGACUGGGAUCCGUCUCUGCCUGAGUCUGAGAGGAAUAAAAUCGCCAUCGGAGCCUCUGGUCUGGUUCUGGGAGUCAUCAUCGCAGCCGCUGGACUCAUUUACUACAAGAAGAAAUCAGCAGGGAGGAUCCUGGUACCAACCUAAGGAUGGUACGACUGACUGGACAUGAUUCAUUGGUGGACAACUCCCUUAUCUUUUAUGUUUUACUUUUAAAAAUUAAAAACAUUUGAAAAAUAAAACAAUACAACACAUCUAAUAAAUGUGUUUGAUAUUUGUAGCUUUUUUAUUAAAUUGCAAUGAUGACAUAAUGAACUGUAAAUUAUAGAGAUUAUAUAGAAUCAUGUAAAUCGUCAUUCUUGCUGGUUUUUUCCCCACUAAUUAAUGCAUAGAAUAAAGAGUUCCAGAAUAACAGAACAUAUCUUUUCUGUUCUUUAUUGUAUAUUAUAAAUUAAUUUUUGCAGUCUUACAUGUAAUAUGUUUGAUAGAAAAUAUAUUUUAAAUACUAUUACUGCAUAAAUAAGACCAUGGACAAUUUCAGAUUUUUCUUAUCAUUUAUUCUGACAAUGAUUCCUCUGCUUUAUUUAAUGUCAUCAAAAUAUCCUCAACAAUGUUUUGUUUUUCAUAAACAUCUGAAACAUUAUUUGGUUCUGUUAAGCUCUUAAUAAAUAUUUCUUUACAAAA